AUGCUCAUUUGCUCAACGUCUCCCGAUUUAUUUCUAAUGGAAAUAGAGGAGCAGGUUUCAUCAUGGUAUGCAAAUGAGACGAUUUGUAGAACUGCGACGCCGAAAGAAGAUCGAUCAUAUUUUAUUUGUAAACAAAGUCGCAGUUUGCUAGAAGAAGGAUCGGUAGAAAUAUGGAUGAAGUCAAUCGUAAAUGACUGGAAUCACUACGAACUCGUCAUCAUACCUAAGCUGAAGACGUAG